UUUGAUACAUUGUGGACUAGUAUUGGAGAUUCGUAUACAAGGCUCAUCCAGCCACUAUUGGUGCGUCAGGUGAGAUCUGAAUUCACCCGGAAGGCUGAGCAUGCAGCAGUUGAAGUGUUUGCCACCAAUCUCAAGAAAUUGCUGCUUACACCUCCUCUUAGGGGCAAGACUGUGUUAGGAAUUGACCCAGGUUUUAGAAAUGGUUGUAAGUUAGGCAUUACCUCACACACUGGCAGUUUACUGGCAACUGAUGUGAUUUAUCCUCCAUUUGAUAGGUAGAUAAACCCUGAUUCAGAUUCCAGUGCAUGUAAACUUAGGGAGCUGCUUGUAAAAUACAAUUGCAAAUUGAUUGCUUUGGGUAAUGGUACAGCAUGUCAUGAAACAGAAGCAUACCUAAGUGACCUGAUUCAGAAUGGUUGGCUUUAUCCUCUGGAUGUGAAGUUCCCUAUUGUGAGUGAACAAGGAGCGAGUAUCUACUCUUGUAGUCCUGUAGCACAGAAGGAAUUUCCAGACACAGAUCCAAUUGUCAUCAGUGCAGUUUCCUUGGCACAAAGAUUGCAGGACCCUCUUGGCGAAUUGGUGAAAGUAGAGCCAAAGCAUUUGGGUGUGGGCAUGUACCAACAUGAUGUGCCUGAGAAGGAGCUGAGUUGUGCACUUGAUGAAGUUGUAGUAGAGUGUGUCAGCUUUGUGGGUGUUGAUGUAAACAUAGCUUCUCAUUGCUUACUCAGGAGAGUAGCUGGCCUGAAUUCUUCAAGAGCUGAAAAGAUAAUUGAAUGGCGUUCAAACAGUGGGCCAUUCAUUAAUCGGCAGCAGUUGAAACAAGUGAAAGGCAUUGGACCAGAAACAGCUGUACUGUAA